AUGAGCCGCAGCUCGCUACCGCGUCCGCCGAUGGAUCCCGACAGCACCGCAGGAGGUAUGACCGGCAACGUCCCCGCUAUCACCUUCCCCAUUGUUCUGCGCUACCAGGACCAGGAUGUCCGUGCUCUGAUCGAGGCGAGGAAGUCGGUGUACGUCGCCGUGGAGGCAAUGAGUUGGAAGCCGCUGCCCAUGACGCCGAGCACAGACUCCUUCUAUGCGUUACUGGAGCUCCCGCCUGGCAACCACAACUACCGCUUCCUUGUCAAUGGAAUGGAGGUGGUGGAUAGCACGCAGCCGCUGGCGCCAGGGACGGCCUCGCCAAACAUGCCUGUCCCCCCGCAGGCUCCGUCGCUGCCCGUCGGUUUAGCGGUGACGCAACCGCUGCCUAAGCCGGUUGCGGCCCGUGACGGCAAGCCGGCCAACACCAUCUUUCUGAACGACGUGUUGCUGACAACAAAAGAAGACGACGACAUCAUGGACAAUGGGGAGGGCUGGGGCCAGGAGCCGAUCAUGUUCGAGGAGUCCCGCAAGUACCCACCGAUCGUCCCACUGCACCUGCGGUACACACCUCUCAAUACCCCACCUACGCUGGUCCGCUGCUCCCGCGACGGUCGCAUGGCGGUCAUGGACACUGGUGGAGAGCACAACUCCCGUGUGCCACCAGAGCACCUGCCCCUGCCACUUAGCGUCACGAUCAACCACGUGUACUUCCAGCGCCGCGAGGACCACGCCGUCAUGGGUGUAACAACGCGCUACUGUAACAAGUACACGACGGUUGUCUACUACUCGCACUUGCCAGCGAACCCGAUCGACUCCUUGGAGUCACUGAAGACGUAA